ACGCACAGGCCCUCGUCUCUGUGGCAGGCCCCGUGUGUGGUGAACAAAAGCGGGAAGCAAUGGCUGCACCUAGACAAGCACCCAUGAUUUUCUUGCCGAUGAAGCAGACGGAUGAGGUGGAUCUCAUUCGGCCACUGCGUCACUUCAUCGGCAGCAAUUAUGGCCAAGCAGAGAAGUACACGGAAGAGUGCAAGACCUUUAAUCGUUUGCGUCAAGAUAUGUGUGGUGCAGGACGCGAUGAGGUGGGUCGUGAUUUGCUGUACCGAUACUAUGGUCAGCUAGAACUCCUCGAGUUGCGCUUUCCCAUCGGUGAAGACCAUAUUCGCAUCUCGUUCAAUUGGCAUGAUGCAUUCACAGAAGCCGAAAUUGCACAAUUCUCACUCGCGUAUGAAAAGGCAUGCGUCUUGUUCAACAUUGCCGCCAUCUUGUCCUAUACGGCUGCUUCACAAACCCGUACGGAGAUCGAGGGUAUGAAGCGCGCGUACCACUGUUUCCAGGCAUGCGCGGGUCUUCUCAGCUUCAUCAAUGACAAUUUCUUGCAUGCGCCGAGCACAGAUCUGUCCAGAGAGAUGGUCAAGACAUUAUCAACGGUCAUGCUAGCGCAAGCCCAAGAAGUCUUUACGGAGCAACAAGUUCGGAGUGCUGGUAAAUCCACUAUUAUCGCAAAGCUAGCUGCAGAGACGGCGAAUCUCUAUCAAACGGCUGCUGAAUCUCUCACUGAACUGGUCCUCGCUGGCAAUAUCGACCGUGUGUGGCUACCGUACGCGCAGUGCAAGGAACGCUAUUUUAGUUGCUUGGCACAAUACCAUCAAGCCAUCGUUGAUGAUAGCAAAGCAGCCUAUGGAGUCUCUGUUGCACGCUUCACUGUGGCGAGCACACUGGCAAAAGAAGCAAGCUCAUCCACUAAAUCACAUGCGAAUGAAUUUGCGCGAUACCCACACAUGUCUAAUGACCCAGGUGCAGCUCUGAUUGAUCUCGUCAAAGUCAUCUCCGAAGAAGUGAAUGACAAGUAUGCGGCUGCAAAGAAGGAGAAUGAUUUGAUCUAUCAUGAACUGGUGGCGAAAGAAUCAGCAUUACCGCCUGUAGGGAAGUUGGCAUCAGCGAAAUCUAUUUCCCUGACGAGUCUAUAUGCAGGACAAGAUGUCUCGCGUAUCGUUGGUAAUGACAUCUUCAGCAAACUAGUACCCUUGGCCGUCCACGAGUCAGCAUCGCUCUACUCGGAUGAGGUCGACAAGAUGCUCCGAGCAGAACAGGAGCGUUCAGAAAUCGGCGAUACGGAAUUGAGUACAGCGCUAGAGUACCUCGGCUUGCCUAAAUCGCUGCAUCGUUUCAAACAAAGCGACGACAAACUUGCGCAGGAAUUACAAUCCGUCUCGCAGGACUUGCAAGAGAUGCAACGGCGCAUUUCACAGCAGGAACGUCGUUUUACGGGUGGUCUCGCUGGCCGAGUCGAAGCAAACAAAGCAGCGCGCGAGCGUGUUGCCGCGCAGUUACAGCAAAGUCAGGAAGAACUAGAUAAGGAGGCAAGAGGCUGGUCAGGUAUGCGCGGGAAUUACGGCGAUCGCUGGACACAACAACCGAGUGAGAUGCUUACGAAAGGCCUACGUGAAAAUCUCGCGAGUAUUGCUGCAUCUUUGCGUACAGCGACAGAAUCGGAUGCUAAGCUAGAGCAAUCGUUGGCUGAGAUUGCAGAGGAAGUGAAGGAUUUGGGGAAUGCUGAUCCUGAGCAUCUCGAAGUGGUCUUUCGCAACAUCUUGAUUUCCGCAGGCCAGGGUGGGAAACAAUCAGCUGGAGCAGCAAGCCUGUUGGAUCUAGGAGAGGAUGAAGCCGGUGAGCGCGAAGUGUCAAAUGCAAUUGCCGUUAAGGUCGACCAUGUCGAUGACCUUGUUCGGAAAGUCGCCCUCGUCAAGAAGGAACGCCACACUACCCUCGAUGACCUCAAGACAAAAGCACGCGCCGAUGAUAUCGCUGGUGUGCUUAUCCUGAAUCGCAAGACCCCUGGCAUUGAGCAACGCGUGUUUGCUGUUGAAUUGGAAAAGUUCCGACCACACCGGACGAGAAUUGCGGCGACGCUCGCACGACAGGAUCAGCUCGUUGAGGAGUUGACACAAGUCUUUGCACAAGUUCUCGAGGAUAAGACUCUACAGAAAAAGCAAGCGAAAUGGCAGCAAGCUACGCGGGAGAAGCAGGAAAAGGUGAGUAAAUUGGAGAGAGCGGGAAUGUUGUAUGCAGGACUUGCUCAGUCUGCUGAACAGGCUGCUGCGUUCUAUGAGCAGCUUUCAGGGUUGGCGAGUGGGAUUUUGGCACAAGUGCAGCAGUAUGUGCAAGCGCGUCAGCAGGAAGGGCGUAGCUUGAUGCAGUCUUUGCGUGGUGGUGGAAGCAGCAGUGCAGAAGCGGAUAUCAUGCGGCAGCGGCUAGAGAGGUUGAAUAUGGGCGCGCAGGGACCGCAACGGCCUCCACAGCAGCCGCCGUAUGGUGGUGGUGGGUAUAGUGGAUAUUGAGAGAGUUUACAGGAUGUAGUGUUGUCGUUGUGUCAACAUCCAUACGAUACUUGUCG